AUGAGUAUGAAUAAUGAGAGCAAGUCCCAGCCUCUGGCCUUUGAUCUCGACUUGCAUGUCAAGUAUCUACUCGGUCUUAAGAAUAAGAAUGAAGACUUUGAAUCGUGUAUGACAGAGCAUAUGCGUGUAAGUGGAUUGUAUUGGGGGGUGGGGGCCAUGGCCCUUUUAAAUCGGGAGGAAGACAUGAUACCUCAAGAAAUUGUCGAUUGGGUUCUACAAUGUGAACACAUAGAUGGAGGAUUCUCUGGUAAUAUCGGUCAUGAUCGUCAUCUUCUCUAUACUCUUCAUGCACUGCUAAUUCUCGCCAUGUUGGGUGCUCUGGAUCGGAUCCAAAGAGAUAAAUGUGCACUCUACGUGGCGUCACUACAGCAGAGCGACGGCUCUUUUGCUGGUGAUGAGUGGAACGAGAUUGAUACCAAAUUUACAUACUGUGCAUUGUCGGCACUCAAGAUUCUGGAUAAAUUGGACCUUGUUGAGAUUGAGACUGCAGUGGCUUACAUUGAUACGUGCCGCAACUUUGACGGUGGUUAUGGCAACAUUCCAGGCUGUGAAUCACAUGGAGGACAUACCUUUACAGCAAUCGGUGCACUGUCAUUAGGGUUUGCUCUGGAUCAAUAUGUAGAUGAUGACUUGCUUGGUUGGUGGCUCUCAGAGCGACAAUGUGACUCGGGUGGUUUGAAUGGAAGACCCGAGAAACAAGCCGACGUGUGCUAUAGUUGGUGGAAUAUCUCGUCACUCAUCAUGAUUGGCAAGCUGGACUGGAUCAACAAGGAGAAACUCAUUCAAUUUAUUCUAGCGUGUCAGGACUUUGAAGAUGGAGGAAUUGCCGAUCGUCCGGGCAAUGUAGCGGACGUGUUCCACACUUUCUUUGGCAUUGCGGGACUCUGUAUGCUCGGCUACUUUGAUCGUGAGAAAGAGACGCACCCGGAAUAUGAAGGUAUUCGAAAGAUUCACCCGACGUUUGCAAUUCCUACCGAUAUUGUAGAGAAGCUGCACCUGACAGCAGACAUGAUCAUGCUCGACAAAGCAUGA